AUGGGCCCAUGCUGGCAACAGCCUGGCAAAACUCUGUUAAAUUUUUUUGCAAAGAUAUUGGAGUUCCGACUAAUAUGUUUUCAGAUAAUAAUUAGAGUUACUUAUGUCCCAAUGAUACGAAACUGA